AUGGAUUUGAUGACCCAGUACGAGCGCGAGCGCGCCCUUGUGCGCUACACCCAUGCUCAUCAUGAGGAUCUUGUCGACACCCGCCGCAACAACGGCGAAGCCUUCGCCCGCGGCAUGGUCAUCGAGGGAACCGACGUUGAGAUCGUCAGCCUUGGCCCUGACCUCAUGGCCGACUUCGAGUCCCGCCACGGGUUUGCAAAGGUUUUCAUGGUUGCUCAUCUCGUCGCUUUCGAGACUUACGCUCGUGCUAUGAUCUCUGCCAGCCAGCCUGGCGUCUCUCGCACUUUCUGGUAUCUGGCUCGCUACAUGGGUCGCGUUCAGGAGAGACUCUACAUCAAGAGCUCCCUUGACGCCACCCGUCAGCUCAACAUUCUGGGCCGCAUCAUCUCCAUCAUUGAGGACCACCACGAGAUCACCAAGCCUGUCAUCGACUACUUCAACCUUGGCACUGGCAUCGCUAUCGUCUGCUUCGCUUCUGGAUUUGUCACCCCCGAGGGUUCCUUCGGCUGUCUCCUGCUGGGAUUCACUGUUGUGCACUUGAUCAACGUCUUCUAUCCCACCGUGGUUCACCUGCUCCUGGGUGUCAUGAUUCGCAAGGCGAAGAAGAUCGUCGACAAGAUUCUCCUGAAUGCCAAGACGGGUCGCCUCACCCAGGCCGACGUCAAUUCUCUCGAGGGCUGGAAGCUCUACUUCCUCAAGUUUGGCCUCAAGUUUGCCGCCCCCCCCAAGGAACGCGGCUACACCAACAUCGCCCUCUGA